GAAGUGAGCGACUCCGGGCCUGACGACCAGCUUCCGGCCGCCGCGGGCGAGAGGGCUCGUCCCCGCGGGGAGGGCGAGGGGGCGUCUCCGCUUUCCUCCCCGAGGAGCUGGAGGGUGACCUCCGGGCUGUUGACUCUUGACCUGCUUGGAUCCGGAGCAGGUUGCAGAAUGAACUGUCGCUCGGAAGUGCUGGAGGUGUCGGUGGAGGGGCGCCAGGUGGAGGAGGCCAUGCUGGCGGUGCUGCACACGGUGCUCCUGCACCGGAGCACGGGCAAGUUCCACUACAAGAAGGAGGGCACCUACUCCAUCGGCACCGUGGGCACCCAGGAUGUCGACUGCGACUUCAUCGACUUCACCUACGUGCGGGUCUCCUCUGAUGAGCUGGACCGUGCCCUACGCAAGGUUGUUGGGGAGUUCAAGGAUGCACUGCGCAACUCUGGCGGGGACGGGCUCGGACAGAUGUCCUUGGAGUUCUACCAGAAGAAGAAGUCUCGCUGGCCCUUCUCCGAUGAGUGCAUCCCGUGGGAGGUGUGGACGGUCAAGGUGCACGUGGUCGCCCUGGCCACGGAGCAGGAGCGGCAGAUCUGCCGGGAGAAGGUGGGCGAGAAGCUGUGCGAGAAGAUCAUCAACAUCGUGGAGGUGAUGAGCCGGCACGAGUACCUGCCCAAGAUGCCCACGCAGUCGGAGGUGGACAACGUGUUUGACACGGGCCUGCGGGACGUGCAGCCCUACCUCUAUAAGAUCUCCUUCCAGAUCACCGACGCGCUGGGCACCUCGGUCACCACCACCAUGCGCAGGCUCAUCAAGGACACGCUUGCCCUCUAGGCCGUGGCAGGUCCUGCGCGUCUGGGAUUGCACUACACGCCCCCCGGGCUCGGAACGGCUGUGGGGCCCGAAUGGGGCUUGGGAGCUGCCGCUCCCUUGCAUUGUGUUGGCCAGACUGUCUCUUCACUGGCCAGCACUGCCCCCCAUGCCCCUGGGGGGUCCCCAUUCUUUCUCCACUGUGCAGGAGAGUCGGCGCUGAGAUGGUGACUCGAGUGGAGAGGAUGCCUGGGCUGAGCCGUCUGUCCCCGGGCCUGUGUGCUACCUGAGACAGGAGCACUUUGCAUGGCGAACCCGGGUCAUCUGGAGUUGGUUGGGGCCUUUGUUUGAGACCGAGGGGAAUGGUGGCUGGGAUUAAAGAUCAGUGAAAACAGA